AUGAGUUACUUAUUAGACGAUAAGAAGAUUAUAUUGAAAGAAUUGUUAUCUAAAAAUGAAAAUAUAAAGCAUGAAAACGAAUAUUUAGAACUGGAAAAUAGAGCUUUUUUACUACUAAUUGAAAAAUAUGAAGAGAGAAAAAAAUUUAUAAAAAUACUUGAAUAUAUUCAUUAUGUGUGUACAAGUUUAUAUGACAAGGAACAGAAUUUUAAUUAUAAUAUUCUGCAUACCGAAUUCUUAAGAGAAUUGAAAAGUUUACUAGAUGACUGUAUAUCAAAAUAUAGAAACAUUUUAAAAAGUAUAUUAACAAAGAGAGAUGAUGAAUAUUUGAGUAUUUCUCAGGGUGCGCUCCCUCGAAUGAACAACUAUAAAGAGAAAAAGUCGAGACCAAAAGAAGGUAUAUAUGACGUAAAUAUAGAGGAUAUUAUUACUCACAAAAGGGAUGAAACUACUUAUAUAAAAGAAGAAAAUGAAGCGGAUGGAACAAAUGGAGCGGAUGGAGCAAAUGGAGCGGAUGAAGCAUAUGAAGUAAUUGAUAACAGUUUUGCUGAUUCCUCUAGGAAGAGUAGCAUGAACUGUACAGAAAAUCGUCUACAAAAUGAAGCAGAGAAGGGUAAUUUGAUGUGUCCUACCAAUGGCCAAAAACAGCAACAUGUUCCCAAGGAAAUAGAACAUAAUAAAGGUCAAAUAAACAGCGAAGCAGAAAAGGACAAUGAUUGCAAUACACUAAGUCUAAUUAAGGAAAAAAAUAUUUGCUUGCACUGGAGCAAGGAGGAGUCGAAGGAAGAAUUUUACUCGGUCCAGAGUUUUAAGCGGCAUGAAAGCACAGACGAACAAGAAAUUUGUCUAAACUUAAUAGAAAAGCAGCAGCUAACAUUGAACGAGAUUGAAAAGCUAAAAAACGAAAUAAAGAAAGUAACGAUAUAUUUUGAAAAUACAAAAAUGUUAGUAGGUUCAAUACUAUGUCAGAGUAAGAUUUUUUUAUUUGAGUUAGACGAAGAAAUGAAAAAUUAUAAGAUAAUGAAAGAAAAAAUAAAAAAAGAUAAUUUAUUAAUGAAAAAGAGUAGUGCUAUAAAUGAUAUUUACAAUGCAAUAAUAAAUAAACAAAAAAACAAAAUUGAAGAAGCACAAAAAACUAAUCUAACAUUGCUAAAUUUGUAUAAAAAAAAGUUUUCUAAUAUUAACUAUAUUAUAUCAAUUAAUGAAAAUAUAAAUAGUGUUGACUUUCUUUAUUUAAAUGUUUUGAUAUAUAAUAAAAAGAUAAAUUAUGACAGGCUAAUGAAGGAACACGAGAGGAACUACUCCCACUUGAGAAAACUGCUGAACGAGCUAAGUAGCACACAUAAGAAGAUCAUCGAAAAUGAACAUAGAGAAAGGGAAAUAAUAGAAAGUAUUGAAAAAAAUAACUACGCAUUAAAUGAUAUGGAUGCUUUAAUUAUUGAAAUUAGUAGCCAAAUAGAUAGCACCAAUGAUACAUCAAACAGGAUCAACCAAUAUGAACAUGUGGAUGUUCUCAACAGCUGUUCCGUCAUAGAAUGCAUUCAAUUAAACAAAGAUAUUUACAACGUCGAAAAAAAAAUAAAGUCCUAUCAAAGAAAAAUUGAUAUUAUACAAAACAUCAAAAUGAAAAAGUAA